AUAUGAUAACAAGUAAUGAGCGCUGUCCGGAUGUGAUAAGAAAUAUCGCGGACAGCAGGCGACCGUUUUAAAAACUAUAGGAUAGUUUUAUCAUCAUCCUGUAGACUGUUUGAAGCAAAAAUAUUCAUUUUUAAAAUUGAAUCGUUAAAGUGCACAUGUUGUGUUGUUCUGUGUUCUGUGUAGUGAUGUGUCCUGUGAGUGAUAUAUAUACGGAUACCUUUGCAAUAAAGAAAGGCAGAGGAAUGGUCCUACAUGGAAAUAUACGUAAAAUUGAGAGCGGCAUGGAAAGGCGCGAAUACAAGAAGAUCAUUUUAAUGGCCAAAAGCAAAUCAGAGAACAACAGAGACGCGGAGAUCCGACGGGUAAGUUAUUACUUGCAUGUCGUUGCUUCCAGUUUCUGCAUUUUUUCAGAUCGCGUCGUAAAUACAGAUUUAAUACACAGUCUUCUAUACUGGCUUAGAUCUGUAUCGCGUCGUGUAGGGAUCUAUCUUAAACGAUUACCUAAGGGUAAUCAUUGGAUUUUUCCUUACCAACGAAAAAAGGGUUCAGCCAAACGCGAAAAUACUUAA